GAUCUGCGGCGGCUGCUCGAGCUCCUCCACCUGAAGAUCAGCGCUUCCCAAGGAAGAACCCUAAUUCUGUCUAAGAGUUUUGUAUAUUUAGGGCAAAGAAGGAGCUAUGGCUGCGAUGGCGCAGCAAGCGGGAGGAGGUGAUGGAGCCGGCACUGGUGGUGGCGGCGGUGGCGGCGGCGGUGGCGGUGCCGGGCCACGGAAGACGAGCGUCUCGUUCGGAUCGCUCAUGCCAUUCCUCCAGACGCUUGUGGCGCCGGAGCAAAAUCUCCAGCUCGUGGCGCUCUAUGCGAAGAUGAAGGAGGAGAAGAUCUCCCGCGAGGAUUUCGUGAGGGGAGCUCGCGUCGUCGCGGGAGAGAAGGUGAUUCUGGAAGCUCUCAGUCGGAUGAACUCGAGGCCUCCACAGGCGCUACACCCAGAACAACCCCCAGCGCUUGGUGAUGGAUCAUCACAGCAGCCACCAUUUACUCCACCAGAACGAAAGCAGCUCGUGAGGAAAGCUUCUGAUAUGGCCAUGACGUCGGGCGGACAAGCCAGUAAGAAACAAAAGGCUGAUCCGGUCCAAAGCCUUGAGCAGAUCAACGAUGUAACUGCUGUUGGUGGCGUCAACUUGAAAGAAGAAGAAGAGCGCUUGCUCACUGCUCCGAGAGAAGAAAGCCGGACUACACCUGAGAUGCGAAGGAAGUUUAUGGAGGAGGAAGGCCGAUUUUUCUUGGAGAAAGGUCCACUACAUACUAAAGUACAAGAAAUUGCCGCGAAACAUGGACUCAAAAGCAUCAGUGAGGACGUGGAGCGUUGCUUGUCGAUGAGUGCGGAGGAAUUGUUGUGGGGCUUUCUUCUCAAAACCAUCAAAGUGUCCAAGCAGAGAUGCGACGUUGAAAAGGAACGGCACAGGGUUAUGGCGACGCUAGAUUUUCAGAAGCAAAUCACGGCCAUGAGGAAAGAGCAACGGGAAUUUCGGCAAAGAAAGCAAGCCGAAGAAGCCGAGAGAUUACGCAAGCUCAACGAGGAGAAAGGACCACAAGCAACUGAAGAAUCAACUCCAAAAUCUCAAAAGGCACAACAACAAAACGAUGACAAGUUGAGAACCACGGCGGCAAACAUUGCAGCUCGCAAGGCUGUGGGAGCCGACGACGUGCUCUCCAAGUGGAUGCUAAUGGCCGAACAGAGACAGCAAAAGCAAGCAGCUGCUGAUGGCUGGGGAAACGCAGGAACACCAGUUGCCGGCAAGCAGCAGUUCGGUGCUGCGACGCCUCGAGUGAAUGCCCGGCGCUCUGCUCUACCUCAAGCCACCAGAGCUCGGUCGAUCAUACUCCGGGACCUGGUGGCCUGCCUGGAGAGGGAGCCGGGCAUGUCGACGUCCCCUCUCCUGUACAGAUUCUACGAGCGAUUGUCGAGCGAGGAGGUGAAUUACUAGAGGAGCACACAUUCUAACACUUGCGAGAGAUCGAGAGCGUCAUUUCUCUCCAGGAAAAUGGGCCAAGCCUGCGUUUUUGCGGUGUUCGUGGCAGGCAAACAAGAGAUCUUCAAUGUUGACUUGAGGAUAGGUCCCGGGAUCGAUACCCGGCAAGAGAGGAAUUUGGCCCGCCGCAUGUCAUGUCAUGUCAUAACAGACCUCGUAACGCCACCUAA